AUGCCCCAGCUCGCUUCCCAAACCUCCGCAGGUCGCUCACAGAUGGCAUUGGACAACCCGAUGUUCAUGAGCUUCCAGAAUCAACUCAUCCGACCGGCUACCAUUCACGGGAUACCGCAGAUACCCAACAACUCCCAGUUCAACUUCAACGCGCUGCCAAUCCCUCCUAAUCUUAGUCCUAAUCUUGGUCCUACCCACGCUGGCGACAAGUCGCAGCGCGUAAACCCCACCACGGAGGGUCUUAUCACCCCAGCUCGAGCAGCGAGGCGACAGGCGACAACGCUGGGCGUGGGCGCGCAUGCGGGCGGUGGGGCGGGUGUGAGAGGAUUCGGCGCCCACAGGCAGAUCCUGGGCUCUCGCCACCCUCCCUCUGGAUUCCACCACAACGCGGUGUUGCAGCCGUCCGACGCGUACUCUACGUGUCUGCAUGUGAUGCAGGCCGCAUCCCCCGCUGUGAACACCCCUUCCCCUCUCGACACGCCGCAAUACGAAGCCCGCAUAGUGCUCGAAACACGUCAAAACGAGCCGUCAACUCGUCCACCGCUCGUGCUUCACACCGCGCGCCCGUACAACCUCUCGAUGUCGCCCUCAAAGACCCUCCUCGCGCCGAUACAAGUGUGCGUGAAGUCGCGCUACGUGCCCGCCACCCUUCGUCGCCGCCACAGCCACGAGUCCUCCUCCUGGCGUGGGGCCAUCUACAUCCCGACGUCUCCGGCCCCGCUAUCAAAGCCCCACGCGCGCCGACGUGUUCCGCGCCCAUCCAACUUGUUUCCUCGCGCCCUGGAGGCCCUGGCCGGAGGCGUCGAGGUGCUCCGCGACGCACACGCGUACGAGUGCGAUCGCGGCCGUGCAAGGCGGCGGGAGGCCCGGUUCGCGACGUCCGAUGCAUGCGGCGGAUUCGCUGCCUUCCGCGAAGGUUUGGGUGUGAAGAGAAGGGAUCUGCGUCGAGCUUCACGAGGGCGGCCAGGCACCAUUGAGGCGGGAUUACGAGCUCUACAGGAGGAGACAUGA